GAGAGAAUACAGCUGGUGAGAGAUGACAGCGGAGGGAAAGGAGGAGGGGAAGGAAGGAGGAGAGAGAAAAGUGAAUAAGCGGUGAUUACAAACCAGAACCCAGGAGACGGCAUUAGUUUGGUCUGAGCCCACAGCAGCUCACUUGUCUUUUCUGUUCUGCUCAAUCCGGCAAGCCUGAAAGGAAUUUAUCUGAAAACACAGAGCAGAGGAACACAACCAGAUUGUCUCCAGACCAUCAAACAACAAAGUAAUCAGAUAACUCCAGACUCCCUCUCCACUGUAAAUCACUUGGAGGUCUUUGAUAAGACUUCCUGCGACACGUAUCCACACAGCGGCUUCUUUAAAUCGUCCUUCUGGUUCUUCACUGGUUCUGAAGGAUCCAAGCAGGUUCUGGAAGUCCCGUCGGUUUCCAAGUUUCUCCAAUCGCUUCAAGGACUUCUACACCAAAGUUUGGCGAUAGUGGCGAUCCAGUAAAGAGUGGAGAACAUGUUGACCUCGCUGCCGUUUAUCUGCUGUCUCCUGUUUGCCUCCCAUGUGGGCGGCCAAAGCGCCUUCACACCUCGGCCUCUUCAGACAGACGUGGGAACAUCUGACCCCCCUCCACCCCUGGCAGCCAUCCGUAGCCCUUCAAACUCCAACUGGUCUCAGGCCCAGGACAACAAAGGUCGGAUACCUCCCUCCUGCCUGCAGAAAACGUCCAUAAAAAGCGCCUUCAAGUACGUGAACACGGUGCUGUCCUGCCUGAUCUUCGCCGUGGGGAUCGUGGGAAACGCCACGCUGCUGAGGAUCAUCUACCAAAACAAGAACAUGAGGAAUGGACCCAACGCUCUGAUCGCCAGCCUCGCCCUGGGAGACCUCAUAUACAUCGCCAUAGAUAUCCCGAUCAAUGUCUACAAGCUCCUGGCGAUGCAGUGGCCCUUCGCCGACAGCCCUUUUGGUCUCUUCCUCUGCAAGCUGUUCCCCUUCCUGCAGAAGGCUUCGGUCGGCAUCACCGUCCUCAACCUGUGCGCUCUCAGUGUGGACAGAUACCGCGCGGUGGCGUCCUGGUCCAGGAUUCAGGGCACCGGCGUCCCCACGGGCACGGCGGUGGAGAUCGCCGUGAUCUGGCUGCUGUCGGCGGCGCUGGCCGUGCCGGAGGCCGUGGGCUUCACCAUCCGCAGGUUCGAGCACAACAACGUCACCAUCAGGACCUGCAUACUGGACCCUCAGACGCCCUUCAUGACUUUCUACCGGGACGCCAAGGACUGGUGGCUGUUCGGCUUCUACUUCUGCGUCCCGCUGGCCUGCUCGGCCGUUUUCUACGGCCUCAUGACCUGUGAGAUGCUGCGGCACCAGAAGGGCCAUCUGAGGAUCUCGCUGAGCGAACACCUGAAGCAGCGCCGUGAAGUGGCCAAAGCCGUGUUCUGCCUGGUGGUCAUCUUCGCCCUCUGCUGGUUUCCUCUUCACCUCAGCCGGCUGCUGAAGAAGACCGUCUACGACUCGCUCGAUGUUCGCCGCUGCGAACUCUUAAACUUGCUGCUGGUGCUGGACUACCUGAGCAUCAACAUAGCGACCAUCAACUCCUGCAUCAACCCCAUCAUCCUCUUCUUCGUGUCCAAGAAGUUCAAGAACUGCUUUAAGUCCUGCCUGUGCUGCUGGUGCUACUCCGGCUCUCUCUCCAACAGCCUGCAGCCCCUCCAUCAUGGCACCAGUCUGCAGUACAAACACACCGACCACUGAGGGACUCACCUCCACCUGAAGGCUGAUCAGCAGCCAGGCUGACAGAAACGCUUUCACUUUUAUUCAGUUUUCAUUCGUGCACACGAUCCGUAACGCUCCGGUUGCAGCUUUUCCAGUCUUUGGGAAAACACAGACAAGAUAAGAUAUUUUAGACAUAAUCUGAGCUUUUAACCUGUUUUCACAGUAUAGUGAUGAAAAACUGUGUGUAGAUGAUCAUCUUUAGCUUAAUCCACCUUGUCUGAGAUGAUUUGUAACGGUGCAUUUAGGACUGAAAGCUAAUAAAGAGCAGCAAAGUUACAUUUUAAUUCAGUAAAGGAGGAUAGCUUUGGACCCAGUGAAGUUUUACGCAAAUAUACCGACAGGGACAAGAUUAUUUUAUUGCAGAAAACCCGCCAGCUUUUAACAUGUGAACGUUAAUUAUUUAUAGAAAACAUGUUAGGAGACAAUCUUACCACUCACACAAUUAUUGGUAUUUAAUACUUUAUAUGGCUUCUUUCAGCUUCGGUGUUUCUCUCAGUAAAUUGGGACAUUUUUUUUCUUAAUGCUUGUCCUCGGGACCUACCGUCUGCCAUGUUUUAGGUGUUUCCCUGACUCCAGACUUAAAGAAGAGAUUAAAAGGCUUGUGCAGCACUUUGUGGCGUGCUGAGGAGGUAAUGUAAGCCCCUAAAUCAGCUGCGUUUGGCCAGAGAAACAUCUGAAGCGUGAAGGAGGACCAAAGGUGAAAGCCACUGAUAAGAUAAGAUAAGAUAAGAUAAGA